CUUAUGUUGCGUCUUGGGCCGGACGCCCGGGAGGCCGGGUCCUUCUUUAGGGCGGUCGCGCAGGCAGCGGCUGCAGGAAGCCGGGCUCCGGGCGUCAUGUACUACAAGUUUAGUGGCUUCACGCAAAAGUUGACGGGAGCAUGGGCUUCGGACGCCUAUUUCCCGCAGGGAUUAAAGCCUGUGGUUUCCACAGAAGCACCACCUAUCAUAUUUGCUACCCCAACUAAAUUGACCUCCAAUUCUCCCGCAUAUGAUUAUGCUGGGAAAAACAAAGUUCCAGAGUUGCAGAAGUUUUUCCAGAAAUCUGAUGGUGUGCCCAUCCACCUGAAACGAGGCCUGCCUGACCAAAUGCUUUACCGGACCACCAUGGCGCUGACUGUGGGAGGGACCAUCUACUGCCUGAUCGCCCUCUACAUGGCUUCACAACCCAAAAACAAAUGACUUAGACUGCAGAGGACUGGUUGGCUUUUUGGCAUUAAACCCUUUGAGUUUUCA